CCGCCUUGACGUAAGUGAAGUGACGCGGGUAGCGUGGUUGCCAUCUUUCUAGGAGGAGCCUUGAAAGUGUAGGGGCACACGGUGCUCUGAGGCCGCAGCAUCCCUCAACUAUGUCUGUAGAUAGCCAGGAGACCAAUACUGCAGAGGAGCAGAAGGAAAUGGAAGAUAAAGUGUUUAGCCCAGAAAAAUCAGAAGAAGCUAAAUUAAAAGCAAGGUAUCCCCACUUAGGACCCAAGCCUGGAGGCUCAGAUUUCUUAAGAAAACGUCUCACAAAAGGACAAAAAUAUUUUGACUCUGGGGACUACAAUAUGGCUAAAGCAAAAAUGAAGAAUAAGCAACUUCCGACUGCCACUUCGGACAAAACUGAAGUAACUGGGGACCAUAUUCCUACUCCACAAGAUCUUCCUCAGAGAAAACCUUCUCUUGUUGCUAGCAAGUUGGCUGGCUGAUCAGUCGGCCAGUCUGCAUGAAAACGUCUCAUUCCCAUAAUUUUCUUCUUUACACUUAUAUAUUUUAUUUCUUUCCUCAGCUCUUUCCUUUUGACACUAUAGUCUGUCAGCUUAGCAGGUAACUGAGCAAGCUGCUCUCUUGAGUGUAGAUUGAAACUACAAUAUCAGGUUAGUUGACAUAAAAACAAUGCACUGAUUAAGAAGACAUGUUUUUGGUAUAGCAAUGUAAAUUAAUGUACUUGAAAAAAAAAUGAAAACUUGUACAUAUUGCCUAUUUCCUAUUUGUAGGACUGAUUUAAACAUGGACACUUCUGUGGGUUUUACCAUUUUAAUGUCUGCUUUUCUUUCUUUGAGUUUUCAUACUGUAGUAUGAUUUUUGUAUUUAAGAUUUCCCCCCUUUUUUAGACGUAUGUCCUUUUAAGAUCACACAUUCUGUUUUGAAAGGAAGCAAAGCAUGUUCCAUCAUUCUGGGUUCUAAAAGGUUUUUCUCAGCCCUGCCUUUUUACUUGAAUGGCCUUAAACCUUCCUCAGCUUUAACAAAUAUAUUUGACUUGUUCAAUAUUUGCUCAUACUGCUAUACUUUCAUUAACCUAUUAUCUAAUGAAAGUCAUUUGUUGAAGCUGGUAUUUUGUUGGGUAGUAGUGUAGAACCUUAUGUUGAAGAUGUGGAUGAAGUGUGCAUAGACUGUUGAAUUCACUUUUGUGCCAUUUUGUAAAUACAAUAGUUUUGCAGAACAUUUUGCAGAUGUGUACCAAUUUUUACAGUUUACAAGAUCUAUGUGUAAAGCUGUGGCACAUUUUUACAGCCUUUAAAUGCAAAAAUCCUUCCCAAUUUCACAAAUAUUAAGUUUGUAAUCUUAACAUGAAUUGGUGUGACUAUUUUGAAGUACACAAUCUUCAGAUUAAUUUUUCAUCGAGCCAUGAAAUGCACUGUCCAUGCUGCUGUAGUUCCCAUGUUACAAAGAUGGUCAUUAGCUGCCUACAAUACCUCCUGUAAUUACCAUAUAGCGACAGACUAUUGACAUGAAUAUCGAUGUUGAGAAUUGCAUGUAUUUGUCUCUGGUCCCAUUCUCUGUGGGCCUGCAUGGCACUUCUUGCCUCAAUAUGUGGUCUGUUGAAGGUAUGUGCAGUUCUGUAGCAGAGGCUUAAUGUGUGCGUCCCCCCUCAAAAAUAAAAAUAAAAUGAUGCCAUAUAAGGUGACCAUAAAAAAACAAACAAAAAAAAAACUACUGUGAUUUUUAUGUUCUGGGACAUAUUAAAAAAAGACACAGCAUAUUCUGAAAAGCAAAUGAUGGCUUUUUUUCUCUCUGCUAAAUUGUUGGGGUUUAUAUUAAUGUGCUUAUUGGUGUCCAAGAGCAGUCAUUAAUUGGUAUUGACAUUUAAAAAGACUAAUGCUAGUGUAAGAACUACAAAAGUAUAAGAACUACAAAAUGCUGGAUAUUCUGAACAUUUAUGAAUAUUGUUAAUAAAGAUAACUGUACUUAUACGCAUUGA